UUUUUUUUCUUUUUAAUUUCCAUCACAGAAGGGGCGUACGUACGCCUCAACCGUUAAGGCUCAAUUUCGCCUAGUUCUAGUUGGUUCGGCUCGUAAAAUUGUACGCCCUGAGGCGUUAUUGCCCUGAUUCGCUCCUCAAUUUCGCCUUUGAAAACAUUGUAUUUUGAUAAGUAUCGAUUCACAGUGUUUGUUGGUGGUUGUUUUGUGUUGUUAUUGCAAUCGUGGCCUUGAAUAAUGGUUUCAAACAAGAUGGCGGCUCCACCUAAUGCUGAGCUGGAGGCUGCAAAGUUUCUGCAUGAACUUAUUCAGGAAUCUACAGACGAGCCUACAAAAUUGGCUAGAAAACUUUAUGUGAUAUUGCAACACAUGAGAUCAAAUGGGAAGGAAAAUUCAAUGCCAUAUCAAGUGAUAUCAAGGGCAAUGGAGACUGUUAUCAAUCAGCAUAGUAUUGACAUGGAGGCUCUGAAUUCAUCGCACCUUCCUUUGUCUGGUGGAACCCACAUGGGAGAUUCUUCAUCAACACAGUUUGCAGGGUCUUCUCAAACAGCUGCAAUUGCGAAGGAUUCUAAAGCAGGCAUGUCUGAAAGUGAGGUCGCCAAUUCACAUCCUUCAAGCAGGCCACCUGUUGGCCCAAGUAGUGCAGGACAUGAUAUUUAUCAAGGAUCUGUAUCCCAUCUCGGUACUAAGUCUCUCGAUGAUGAAAGUCCAUCCAGUUUUGAUACUAGGUCUGCCAACUCUCAGUCACAGGAAAGGCAUGAUACAUCAAAUCGGGAUAAAGCAAAUCAGAAUGAUGGUAAGAUGGCCAGCAGUAAGAGAAAGAGGGCUGAUUCAUCAUCUACUGCUGAGCCACAUAUUGACAACCCCCAGCAUGUUGAUACCGGCAACCUUCAUGCAAGGAAGGGGAAGUUGGUGAACAAGGUUAAACCACCUGGGAGUUUAUCUGUUAAAGGCAGCAAGCAUAGCCAUUUCAAUUUGGUCCAGGGCAGUGGUCAGAUGGAACAUAUCCCCACUUUACCUAGUAGCAUGAGCUCAACAAACAUUACCAAUUCGAUUUCACAAGCUGCAAAUUCAGAAUUCCCUGAAGAAAUAGAAGUGUCUUCUAGUGCUUUAGGUCUACAGCAUGGAGGCUCGAGACUGUCAACACUUGACAUUCUUAGUUCCAGGGGUUUAUGGAAUCACAAUAUGACAGAAUUUCCACUUGAAAAAUCUCAAGUGUCAAGGUUUCCUUCUAAUGCUGGCUCUGGUAAUUCGACAGCAGAAAUAUUGAUGCACCAGUCAAAUGCUCCUGUUGGUUCAAGUGCAUCUGGCAAGGUUCAUGGAGCAGCCCCUGGUUCUUCUGGUUCAUAUCCACCAGUAGAGCAAGGAAUCAUGAGUCCAAUGCAUUUCAGCAGUGCUUCAUAUGAUAAUCUUGGCUUGGUUGUGAAUGCGAGUAAGGAAAGAAUCAAGGAGCCAUGUUCUGCCUUGCCUUCAGUUGAGCAUGAUGGAGGAACUUCAAAUGUGUUAGCAAAUGCAAAUAAGAUGGUUCAGAGUGGCAUUCCAGGCAAUAUUAUGGAAAUGAACAUGCUUAGAAGUGCUGCUUCUAGUGAUACAGGGAAAUCUUCUACUUCCCUGGCUCCUGUGCCUUUCAAGGAACAACAUCUAAAACAGCUCAGAGCUCAGUGCCUUAUAUUUUUGGCAUUCAGGAAUGGUUUGAUGCCAAAAAAAUUACAUCUAGAAAUUGCACUUGGAAACUUUCUUCAAAAAGAAGAUGCACCUCAAAAAGGGCUGAUUGACCAUAAAGGAAAGGAGCUAUCUAUUAAGGAUCCAAAUAAUAUUCCUCAAGAUACAAUGCCGCUUGGAAGACCGAAUAAUGUGAGGAAAACUGAAAGAGUAGCUCGUCCGUCAUCUACUGGACUUCUUCCUCAAACUUUUCAAGAGAAUCUGAGGACCCCAACAUAAUGGGGGACAAAAAUCACCUGCCUUCUGAUCUGCAUAUACAGGCAGAAGAAAGGAGGAAUCUUUUAUCUACAAGAAGAAAAGGGGAGGCUGAAGUACUGGCUCGAGAAAUAUCAGAAUCACAGGCAUUUCUAACCAAGGGAUCACAGCUAGAAUCUUUAAGUGCAAGGGGUUUAACUGUUAGUAAUCGUAAGGAUGAUUUGGAAAAUGGACAACAAGCUGGAACUGCAUACCAAGCCUCCUCUGUUCUGGGAAUAAGCAAGCAGAUGAAGCCUGAGAUGAUUAACUGGACUGGAAUUGGCAUUCAUAAUGAGGCUGCUAAGGGAUCAGCUCCCGGCUCUAUGGUUCUGCAUGAAUCAGUGCCAGAAAGAAAAGAUAAUGCUCAAAGUCAAUCUCAAAUCCUUGCUGAUUGUAAUAUUCAAGGAAGCCGACAUGCUGAUAAUCAUUUGCCUAGUUUUCCAUCAAGAGAACAUUGGAAGCCCAUCUCAGGAAUGGAAGCUGAACAUCAGACAGUGAUGCAUGUGAAGGAUGCUAGUGUGUUGAUGAAAAAUGUGUCGGAGGAUGA